AUGAUGAGCCAUCUACAUGGCAGAGCCUUAACAGACAAGCAGAAUGUCCUGCAUGUUUUUAGCAAGCACUUAAAGUCUACAGAUAAAACCUGUAGCCCAACCAACAGAUUCACUCCACACUGCUGCUCUUCAAGUCAUACCAAGAACACAGAAGCACAAAACAGCCAGACGAACAAGACCAAACGACUGAAAACACGCAAGGAGAGGAGCCAGGUAAACAGAGGAGGAUCUAAAUGCAGAUCCCACCACCACAACCAGCACCAAAGCGGCAAAGAAAAGGACCACUGUCAUGGUUGCUGCCAAAGCAGCUCUCGCCCUCCUCCACGGAGAGAUGCCCCAUUCGCCCGAGUCUUCCCCGCUGGGCAAGAGCACAGCAUCAUCACAAUCAACCGCCUCAUCGGCCACCAUGGCCUGUUCAAUCACGAGGUGAAGUCCAUUGACAUUGAGCGCCUGCUGAGUGAACAGAAGAAGUUGGAGAAGUUUGGGCAGCACGGAGGGCGAGGCAAGACCACUGCUACUCUUCCUCCCCUUCCACCCUCCUCUUCCCUUCCUUUCUCCUCUCCUGUGCCUGAUUCAGAUGUGGCUGAAGUUGCUGUUUCUAACAAUGAUGAGGAGGCUCCAGAUAAAGGGAGAGUAGAAAGAGUAGUAGCAAAGAGUAGUACUACAGUCCACAAGCGUGAUGAGUGUAAGUCUAAUUCAGAAAGUAGACUUUUUAAGUGUUCUCACAGGGAUACACAGGAGGAUUUACGAAGAAAAUUCACAUCUAUUCAGGUUUGUCAGGAGGAGAAUGUAGCCAGUCACUCUAACAGCCAGGAGUCUGGUAUCACACCAGAACAGAGACAGACACAUCACAGCGGUCUGACAUCAUCAGAGGGUGACGUAGUUACCCUCUCAUCCACAGAGAGUCCCUCAAGUGUGGUACGAACCAAAAGCAAGUGGCCGAGGCCUGUAGUAUGUGAAACAGUGAUGUCACCCAGUGGAAAGAAUGAAAAUGAGAGACCACCUUACACAAGGGCCAAGGUUAAGCCUACUGUCCUCACCUUGGAGCAGACCCCCAAAAACCAUGAACCUAUUCUCCCACACACACAGCCAUUCAGGCCCAGUCCAAACAUCACAGUGUCUUCCUUCCCAGCAAGAGGUGGAAGCAGUGAGAGCUCAGACAACCAGACGCAACAAACUGUCCCCAACCCUGUCAGUGUGGUAGCCGCGCGUCUGUGCAGGUCUCUGCAGCUGCCGCUUCUCCGCAGGAGACACCUGGUGGCGGAAAGCAGGGAGGUGCUGCUGCAGGCCCUACAGGAGAGGCAUGGACCCCAGCUGCAGGAGAACCUCCUCAGCGUGCAGCGACGUCUCUGCUUCGGUACAGGACCCACCACAACCAGGGCUGGCCAGGGGCAGAGCACGAUCCUGGCCGGCGUGGAUGCAGAUGGAGGCUGGCCUGCAGGUACGGUAUAUUAUAAUAAUAAUAAUAUGCCAUUUAGCAGACGCUUUUAUCCAAAGCGACUUACAGUCAUGUGCGCAUACAUUUUUACGUAUGGGUGGUCCCGGGGAUCGAACCCACUACCCUGGCGUUACAAGCACCAUGCUCUACCAAUUGAGCUACAGAGGACCUGUAAUGUGAUUGCGGUUGUGAGUGUUGGGUUGAGGACCACAAUAAGAAAUGGCAUCCUCUACUCUUGAUCGUAUAAUCAUACUGUAACUAAUCAUAUCAUAUUGAUUGAAAUGUAGGCCUAUCCAUAUUAUUUGUCGAAUGUUUUAUUGUAGCCUAACUGCAUUUGGAUAUCGAUAGGGGACUUUGAAAAUGUCUUCAGUGGUGUAGUUUAGCUGUAUGAGGGAUUUUUCAACUAUGUCUUGUUCCUAUCACAGCUCCAUUGGAUGAUGGUUUUGGAGAGAGCAUGGUGGAGCAGCCGUGCCUGGACUCCCAGAGGUCAGCCCCCAACAAGAGGAGGAGGAAGCAGCUAUGCCCCAACAGAGUGACCCCUCCUCAGCCCCUCAGUGGGCCGCAGCACAGCCUGGACACGGUACGAGCAUAAAACAUUGGGCUAUCAGUCAUCAUCAGACAUAUAGCCUAAUAGUAAAUUAAAAUGGUGAAUGUACAUCUAAUAUAUAAUUGGUAAUUGUAGGGUUAUUGUGAUAGGAAUUCCUAAACAAAAUAGCAAUAGAAUGUGCUACUAUAAUGCUACAAUACAUUUUGUUAGUGAAAUUGUCACAGAAUGUUCUAAAUGACAGUCUUCUUUGCAAUACUUAGAUAAACUGUAUGAUAACAAACCAAUUGCUGCCUCACUUGCAUCUCUUUAGGCUGCUGCAUGGAACCCCAACCCUAGUGUGGAGCAGGUUGGGGAACUGAUCGGGGAGCUACUGAGGCCCCCUUCCUCCUCGCACUUCCUCAUGAACCUCCAGCCCUCUGGUUCCCCCUCAUGCCACCACAUCUUUUCCCCCCCUCCUGCCUCACCUUGGGCAGCUCAAUCCGGUCUGCCUCAGCCCUGGGAUGACGGAUCUGACAGAGGAAGUACGAGAGAGUCAACCAGGGUGGACCACUUUGAGAACUGGAGGUAUGACCCAGAUUUUAGUUAUCUAAACCAGACAGACACUGUGAGAGAGAGAAGCCGUGGGCCUUUCUAUCAUGAGAAGAGUAGGCCGCAGUAUCCCACAGGGCCACUAGAGGGACACAGAGACAGACACUUGCCACAGCAGCAAGAUCCAUACAACAUUGAAAGGCGCCAUUUUGGUGGUGCUUCCUCAUCCUUUUCUGCUCCCACCCACUAUCCACUAGACAGUCAUCAGCUCCACCCUUUCUAUCACUUUAACCGCCCCCCAGCCAGCCCUGGAAUCCCCAGGUCCCACCUUCCUGACAUGGCCUAUUAUCCCCCCUCCCACAUGCUGGAGAGUAGCCUGUCUCCUCCUCUGCCCCCCGGGUCCCUGCCUGCUUUCCCCAGCCCUGAACGCUGGUCUUUCCCCCGGAUGAGACUGUAG